AUGAAGUUAUCAACAUUUGCUACCAUCUUCCUAGCUGUUAUUAGUAUUAGUACGGCGACGGCUAUUCCGGGGAAAUUUUUUGACCGAUUUUUUGUGAUAAUAUUCGAAAAUACUAGUUUCCAGACGGCGAUACAAAACCCUUAUCUAGCAAGCUUGAUUACCCGUAACAAUAGUGUCUUGCUUAACAACUAUUUUGCGGUCUCGCAUCCCUCGGAGCCCAAUUAUGUCGCAACGCUAUUUGGUUCAACCGCUGGUAUCCUCGACGAUAAUUUCUACAGCGUUGAUGGAACCAAUUUAGUUGAUCUUCUCGAGGCAAAAGGAAUAAGUUGGAAGGCCUAUAUGCAAGAUUAUCCUGGUGCUUGUUUUACCAACAUGACUUCUACUUCUGGCCUCUACGUACGAAAACAUAACCCGUUUAUUAUUAUGUCGGAUGUCAGCACCGACCCUGCGCGGUGCGCAAAGAUCGUUAACGCCGACGAUAUCGACAACGACCUGGCUGCGGACGGCCUGCCGCAGUUCUCUUAUUACGUUCCAAAUAUGAACAACGACGCUCAUGACACGAACACAACGUUCGCCAUGAGUUGGUUUUCUCCCUGGUUUGAAGAGAGGCUUCAGAAUUCGAAAUUUACUGACGGCACACUCUUUCUUAUUACGUUCGAUGAGGACGACACCAAGGGUGACAAUCAUAUCUUUGCCAGUCUUCUUGGUAGUCCUGUGAAACCAGGAGGUCCUCAUACGGACAUGACAAACUACACCCAUUAUUCGAUUCUAAAAACUCUCGAAGACAACUGGGGUUUGGAUAACCUGGGUCGGAACGAUACCACUGCGACCGCGUUCACUAAUUUCUUGCAAGGUUUUUAG